AUCCCUGCUGGCGGGGGUCCAGGGGCUGCUGCGGACGGGCGGGCUGAGCCGGCCGGGGCCGGGCCUGUCUUGGCUAGAAGCGUUAACCUGAGCCGAGCCAUGCCCGGGGGAAGCGACUGUCGGCCGCGCCCGGCACUGGAGGAAGAGCCCCAGGCUUUUCGGCCUCGGAGGUGCAGGUUAGACUGGGAAGAGUCCGCCUCACUGGUGGCCUUUUGCAUACUGUUCCCCGCCACCCCACCCCCAACACGAGAGGCAGCGGGGUCUGGGAGGGGAGGAAAGCGAAAGGUGUCUCCGAAAGAAACUAGGAGUAAAAGAGCUACCGUUCAUUGGAUCCCAGAAGCACCCGAUCUGCGUAUACAUUGAAGAAAUCUAGAAUCUCUGUUUCCAAUCCACUGUAAUGUUAAGUUACUGUUCACAGUUGGAAGUGGUGGGAGAGAUGGAGGAGUGUUUGUGAAGGAGGGGUGUGUAUAUAAAUACAGAAGAUGAAGGAAAGAAAGUAAAAGGAACAUCGCAUAUUUUCGAAAAGAACUUUUAGUGCAAAGAAUGACUCUCAGGUGACUUAAUUUAACCCCUUAUCUCUUCUCCAAUUGAAAGUCAUUAUUUAAGGGAACAAAUUUAAUGUUUAUGUACCUCAUAUCUUAAUACGACUUAAAAUAUUUAUCUUCGUCUAGAAGUUACUCAUAAAUCUAGUGAGAAGUACAGUCUCACACACACAAAAAAAAUCAUAUCACUCCAGCUUUGGAAGUGGAUUUGAGUACUUGGGAUCACGAAGCUUGCCAGGCCUUUAUGGAUUAUUUAUGAAGAUUUAAAAUUUUUAUCAUUUUUCCUGUAGAAGGAAGAAAAGGUGGGACGUUAUAAUUGGAAUGAGUAUUCUUUGCUAAGGCACCGACAUUUGUAGUUGUCUUAACCAAGGUUAUUUCUUUCCUUUAAUAAGUUAACAGACAGGUAAAAUGGGCUAGUUGAUUCCCUAAGGCAGUGGAGGAAUUUGAUUUAACUGUUAGAGAGGUAGCACUGUGUUCCUCUGAUCGGCUGCUACUACAAGAAAUUAGAUCGUGGCACAUGGUGGAGAAGGCACAUUGUUUCUGUGCCUGAAUAUUGAUAGACUAUGCCUUGCCACUCCAAAAGCAAAUAAAAAACUACUGCUGCAUUUUUUUGUGUAUGAUAGUUGGAUUUCUUUCUAUAAGUUAAGUUUUUUAUUUUUGUUUUUAAGUCUGGUCCUUGUUCUAUAUAAUAUAGUCUUGGAACAAACUGGUUACUUUAUUAUUGUGGAUGCUAUAUUUAUAUUAGUGGAGGAUUUUUGUAGAUUUCAAAAGUUAUUUAGUCACUGAACAACAUUUUUAUCAAGAAGAAAUGGCAGUCAUUUUUCAGCACGAAAAUAUAGUGAUUAUUUUUACUUUUGAUCAGACAGUUCAUUCUUAGAAAGUGAAUCGAAGAAAAUGUCAUCAGCAUUGCACAGGUUCUUGAAUGUUGCUGUCUAAACAACUAAGACUAUGAAGAUUUUUGCGACUAAGUAACAGUACGUAUUACUGUUAUUAUUCCCACAACUGAUCUAUUCAAAGCAUUGAAACAGGCCACCUUUUUUAUAAAUCUAGUUUAACCAAAGGUAGCACUUUGAAAUUUUAUUAUGUAGUGGUAUUAGUUUUUGCCGUAAGUGUUGGCAAGAUACUCAAUACUUGUUUGGAUUUACUGACAUUCGCAUUUUUGAUAAAGGUCUUGACUUUCAAAGAAAUGGAGGUUUUAAGUCUAUUCAGUGUAACCAAUUUAAGUGCCCCUUCAAAGAAUGAGUGAUUGAUGACCCCUGCCUGUUAGGGAAGCUCAAGAUGUAGAUAUAAUGGAAAGAUCCAGCUGGCUAGGUGACCUUCAGCAGGCUACUUUACCUCUCUGGAUCCAUUUCCGUAUCUGUUAAAAAAAAAAAAAAUACAGACACGUACAUGUACACGUGCAUGCCCGCUCCCACCUGCAUAUGUGUAUAUGUGUGUGUAUCUCCAAGGCACCUUAUGUUCUGUGAAUCAGUGAUCUAGCAUGAGAAGUAAGACAAGUACACAAAUAGGGCAAAAAGAUGUUUUAUUUGAACCAUACGAAGUGCGUUUAGAGUCUUGAGGAGAAGGAUAACAGCUGGGAGUUCAAUGAAAGCUUCUUGAAGAAAGCAGUGUCUCAGUGGGACCUUGAAGAUUGGGUGUAAUUUCUACAAGAAGAAAUAUGGCAAGAGCUCUCCCAAGAAUUUUUACCCGUUGCUGAGUUGAUUCCAACUCAUGGUGACCCCGUGUGUGUCAGAGUAGAACUGUGCUCCAUAGGGUUUUCAAUGGCUAAUGUUUCAGAAGUAGAUUGCCAGGACUUUCUUCCAAGGUGCCUCUGGGUGUACUCGAACCUCCAACCUUUUGGUUAGCAGCUGAUCACCAUUAACUGUUUGCUGCACCCCGGGACUCCCUCAAGAAGAAUAAACAGGUAGUUAACACGUAGCAUCAUGGGGACAUGCUGCUUUUCAAAACCCCAGUUAAUUAUCUUGAACCUCUUUAUUGUCUUUAUGAUUGAGUGUAUAAUUUUGAGCCAUAUUGAAGAAUACGGGGGUUUUAUCUUUCUUUUCUUUUUGUUUAUAUCUUAGUUUUGUUUUUACCUUAACUGGGUUACUUUUUGCUGGAAAUUAAAUAGUUUCUUCUAAAGAUGUCAAAAGUGUUUGACAGUUGUUUGAUAUCUGAGUGGUUGUCCUUCAUAAGAGUCUCUCUUACCCUUGAAAAUUCUGUGAUCUUGCCUCAGUUUGGCACUUGCUUAUGCCUGUAAUUCCAUUGCCUUUUGGGUGACAUUUUCUGAGAACACAGUGCCACAUCAUAGCAGAAUCAUUUUGAAGACAUUUUGAAUCAAGGAUCCAGAUUUAAUCAUAUGUGGUGCUAUCAAUGGAAAGAAUGCAAUCCAGGGUUAAUUAGAUUGUGAAGGAUUGUAACAUUCCUCGGGAGUGAAGGAACAUUUUCACUUUUGCUCAAGAGAAAGCUCUGAAUCUACCAAGUAGUUCUUAAAGAAACCCUUUGUGUGGGUUAUAUAUGUAGAUGUUUUCAUGAAGAGAAGUGAAAAGCCAGAAGGAUAUAGACAAAUGAGGCCUAAGACCUUUCCUGCCAGUAACUAUACUGGCAGCAGCCGGCAAAUGUUACAAGAAAUUCGGGAAUCUCUUAGGAAUUUAUCCAAGCCAUCUGAUGCUGCUAAGGCUGAGCAUAAUAUGAGUAAAAUGUCAGCAGAAGAUCCUCGACAAGUCAGAAAUCCACCUAAAUUUGGGACGUAUCAUAAAGCCUUGCAGGAAAUUCGAAACUCUCUACUACCAUUUGCAAAUGAAACAAGUUCUUCCUCCCGGAGUACUUCAGAAGUUAAUCCACAAAUGUUCCAUGAUUUGCAAGCUGCUGGAUUUGAUGAGGAUAUGGUUAUACAAGCUCUUCAGAAAACUAAUAACAGAAGCAUAGAAGCAGCAAUUGAAUUCAUUAGUAAAAUGAGUUACCAAGAUCCUCGACGGGAGCAGAUGGCUGCAGCAGCUGCCAGACCUAUUAAUGCCAGCAUGAAACCAGGGAAUGUACAACAAUCAAUUAACCGUAAACAAAGCUGGAAAGGUUCUAAAGAAUCCUUAGUUCCUCAGAGACAUGGCCCACCACUAGGAGAAAGCGUGGCAUAUCGUUCUGAAAGUCCUAACUCGCAGACAGAUGUAGGAAGACCUUUGUCGGGAUCUGGCAUAGCAGCAUUUGCUCAAGGUCACCCUAGCAAUGGACAGAGAGUGAAUCCCCUGCCACCACCUCAAGUAAGGAGUGUCACUCCUCCACCACCUCCAAGAGGCCAGACUCCCCCUCCAAGAGGUACAACUCCACCUCCCCCUUCAUGGGAAACAAACUCUCAAACAAAGCGCUAUUCUGGGAACAUGGAAUAUGUAAUGUCUCGAAUCUCUCCUUCUCCGGUUCCACCUGGGACAUGGCAGGAGGGCUUUCCUCCACCACCCCUUAACACUUCCCCAAUGAAUCCACCUAAUCAGGGACAGAGAGGCAUGAGUUCAGUUCCUGUUGGCAGACAGCCAAUCAUCAUGCAGAGUUCUAACAAAUUUAACUUUCCACCAGGGAGGCCUGGAAUUCAGAAUGGUAGUGGUCAGACUGACUUUAUGAUACACCAAACUGUUGUCCCUGCUGGUGCUGUGAAUCGACAACCACCCCCUCCAUAUCCUCUGACCCCAACUAAUGGACAGAGCCCUUCAACUUUACAAACAGGGGGAUCUGCUGCUCCUUCAUCAUAUACAAAUGGAAAUAUUCCUCAGUCUAUGAUGGUGCCAAACCGGAAUAGUCAUAAUAUGGAACUUUAUAACAUUAAUGUACCUGGACUACAAACAGCUUGGCCUCAGUCAUCUUCUGCUCCAGCCCAGUCAUCCCCAAACAGUGGACAUGAAAUCCCUACAUGGCAACCGAACAUACCAGUGAGGUCAAAUUCUUUUAAUAACCCAUUAGGAAACAGAACAAGUCACUCUACUAAUUCUCAGCCUUCAGCUACGACAGUAACUGCUAUUACACCAGCUCCUAUUCAACAGCCUGUGAAAAGCAUUCGUGUUUUAAAACCAGAGCUACAGACUGCUUUAGCACCAACGCACCCUUCUUGGAUACCACAGCCAAUUCAAACUGUUCAACCUUGUCCUUUUUCUGAGGGUACCACUUCAAAUAUGACUGUUAUGCCACCUGUUGCUGAAGCUCCAAACUAUCAAGGUCCACCACCACCUUAUCCAAAACAUCUGCUACACCAAAACCCAUCUGUUCCUCCAUAUGACUCAAUAAAUAAAUCUAGCAAAGAGGAUCAGCCUAGCUUGCCCAAGGAAGAUGAGGGUGAAAAAAGUUAUGAAAAUGUUGAUAGUGGGGAUAAAGAAAAGAAACAGAUUACAACUUCACCUAUUACAGUUAGGAAAAACAAGAAGGACGAAGAGCGAAGGGAAUCUCGUAUUCAGAGUUACUCUCCUCAGGCAUUUAAGUUCUUUAUGGAGCAACAUGUGGAAAAUGUACUCAAAUCUCACCAGCAACGUCUACAUCGUAAAAAACAAUUAGAGAAUGAAAUGAUGCGGGUUGGAUUAUCUCAAGAUGCCCAGGAUCAAAUGAGAAAGAUGCUUUGCCAAAAAGAAUCUAAUUACAUCCGUCUUAAAAGGGCUAAAAUGGACAAGUCUAUGUUUGUGAAGAUAAAAACACUAGGAAUAGGAGCCUUUGGUGAAGUUUGUCUAGCAAGAAAAGUUGAUACUAAGGCUUUGUAUGCAACGAAAACUCUUCGAAAGAAAGAUGUCCUGCUUCGAAAUCAAGUUGCUCAUGUUAAAGCUGAGAGAGAUAUCCUGGCUGAAGCAGACAACGAAUGGGUAGUUCGUCUAUAUUAUUCAUUCCAAGAUAAGGACAAUUUAUACUUUGUAAUGGACUACAUUCCUGGGGGUGAUAUGAUGAGUCUCUUAAUUAGAUUGGGCAUCUUUCCAGAAAAUCUGGCACGAUUCUACAUAGCAGAACUUACCUGUGCAGUUGAAAGUGUUCAUAAAAUGGGUUUUAUUCAUAGAGAUAUUAAACCAGAUAACAUUUUGAUUGAUCGUGAUGGUCAUAUUAAAUUGACUGACUUCGGCCUCUGCACUGGCUUCAGAUGGACACAUGAUUCUAAGUACUAUCAGAGUGGUGACCAUCCACGACAAGAUAGCAUGGAUUUCAGUAAUGAAUGGGGUGACCCCUCUAACUGUCGAUGUGGAGAUAGACUGAAGCCACUAGAGCGAAGAGCUGCACGCCAGCACCAGCGAUGUCUAGCACAUUCUUUAGUUGGGACUCCCAAUUAUAUUGCACCUGAAGUGUUGCUACGAACAGGAUAUACACAGUUGUGUGAUUGGUGGAGUGUUGGUGUAAUUCUUUUUGAAAUGUUGGUGGGACAACCUCCUUUCUUGGCACAAACACCAUUAGAAACACAAGUGAAGGUUAUCAACUGGCAAACAUCUCUUCACAUUCCACCGCAAGCUAAACUGAGUCCUGAAGCCUCUGACCUUAUUAUUAAACUUUGUCGAGGACCAGAAGACCGCUUAGGCAAGAAUGGUGCUGAUGAAAUAAAAGCUCAUUCAUUUUUUAAAACGAUUGAUUUCUCCAGUGACCUGAGACAGCAGUCUGCUUCAUACAUUCCUAAAAUCACACACCCAACAGAUACAUCAAAUUUUGAUCCAGUUGAUCCUGAUAAGUUAUGGAGUGAUGGUAAUGAGGAAGAAAAUGUAAAUGACACUCUCAAUGGAUGGUAUAAAAAUGGAAAGCACCCUGAACAUGCUUUCUAUGAAUUUACCUUUCGGAGGUUUUUUGAUGACAACGGUUACCCAUACAAUUAUCCAAAGCCUAUUGAAUAUGAAUACAUUAAUUCACAAGGUUCAGAGCAACAGUCAGAUGAAGAUGAUCAACACACAGGCUCAGAGAUCAAAAAUCCUGACCUAGUAUAUGUUUAACAUGCUAGGAAAUAAUUGAACCAUGGUUCUGUAAUGAAGAUUUGCAAAAAGGCCUCAAAUGCAGGGUUUUUUGAGGUUCUGAGAGUAAAAAUAUGCAAAUGUGAUAGAGCUGUGUAUGUGUGCUCUGUGUACAAUAUUUUAUUUUCUAAAUUAUGGGAACUCUUUAAAAUGUUAAUUUAUUCCCACCUUUUUAAUCAGUAAUUUAGAAAAAAAUUGUUAUAAGGAAAGUAAAUUAUGAACUCAAUAUUGUAGUCAGUUCUUGGUACUUAAAGUACUUAAAAAAAUAGUGCUUUGUUUAAAAAGGAAAAGCCUGGUAUCUAUUUGUACAUAUGCUAAAUAAUUUUUUAAGAAUUUUUGAAAAUUUUUUGAAAGACAGUUCGUUUCAUCUUGCUUUAACCAAAUACGAAAUAUCCCCUAUAUUUACAGAGUUCUUUUUUUUUGUUUGUUUUUUGUUCCCCCCCCCAUAACUUUGUUUUUGAUUCAAAAUAAGCUAGAGAAAUUAAGCCAUCAUGUUGGUGAGUGUUCCUGGGCUAAUCAUAAUCUGUAUAAUUCACAACCUAGAACUGGGAAAUACAGGUUUGAGACAACAUUAAUGUGUUCAUCAGAAGGAAAAAGAAUGCAGCUUAUCUUUUUUCCCCUCUAUGUAAUAUGUAAUCUUCUAGCAUUUAUUUCUCAAGAAUUACUGGCUUUAAAAGAAGCGAAAGCGCUACCAGUUUUCUUUCCAUAUUGAUAUUUUUAAUACUGCCUCCAUUUUAAAAGGAAACAAAGCUGCUGUAAAUCAAAAUUUUAGACUAUUAAAAGCUAAGUUCUUUCAUGUUUUUAUUUCAAGAUUUAAAAACAUAUUUUCAGCCAUCCUAAGAGAUGAUUCUGUUUCACAUGAAACUCUGAUUAGUAAUUAUUUGUGGGUACUCACUAGAAAAGUACUUCUGUAUAGUGCUGCUUUUGAUUAUGUCAUCAGUAAUGUUACAGGUUUCCUCUUUUAGACUGAUUGGCAAAGAAAAAUCUGGCUAUUUGGCAGUAUUUUAACUAAGGGCAGAUUAACUGGUGAAGAAAAUAAUUAAUAAUUAACUCUUAAUUGAGAUGGCCAUUAGCAGUUAGGAAAAGUUUUAGUGGUCUUAGUAGAAAAUGCAAAUCUCCUAACUUAUUUAAGGUUAAAUAAUAUGUUUUUCAGCAUGCCUAUUAUAUAUGCUUGGGUUUUAAGGGACUUGUGGUUUCAUACCAAAAUACAUUUAGCUUGUCUUUUAGGAAGGGGAAAAAGGGCUCUGUUCUUGACAUUAGUAAAAUCUAUAUUUUGUUUCCUUUUCUUAUGCUCCACUUAUAAGGAAUUGUUUUAUUAAAACAAAAUUUGUGGAUAAGAGGCAUAAUUCUAGUGAUUUUCAAACCCUUAGCUUUCUUCAUUUAAAAGCUAAUGGAAACCAUAUAUGUGAGUAAAAUUAAAGGCAAAGUUGUUGCAGUUUAAUUGGGGAGAGGGCAAAAUACAUUUAUUUAGCUUACACUUCCCACCUUUCUCCAGGUGGCAUUCUCAGAGCCCAGCUUGAAAAUCACUGCCAUGUAAUAGUGUGUCUUCUGAGGUCACUGGUCCUUUUGAAAAUCAGAUAAAAGCUGUGGACUCUCUUCCCAGAAAAAUACAUAUCAACGUACACAUUAACAUUGCAUACAGUUUCAGGGGAUUUUGGACACGUUGAAACCUAGACUGUAGGUGAGGGACUCCUGUCCUAUAAUAAAAUUGACUUAUUAAACUAAGAACUUGGCUUUUAAUUUAUUCAGUAUUCAAAUUAGCACCUUUGUAUAAAUACUAAUUUGUGAUGGAAAAAGUCUGUGUAGCAUGUGAUAAGAUGUCCCUAUGAAUGCCUCUCUCUUGCAGGUACAGCACUAAGAUGUUUUUAAACACACCAUUUUCAGGGCACUGAAAUAUGUAUUUAGCUUGUUACAGAUUUGUUACAGUAUUUCUACAGGAGUUCUAAUCAGAGAAUUCUAAAAAUGCACUGUAGUGAUAUGGCAGUCUUAACUUCAUGGCACAUUUGAUCAGUCCCAUAAAAUCCUAUGUAAAACAAACUAGUUAGCUCAAGAAUUUUGAGACAGUACUCACAUUUUAAAGAUCUUACUUUUGCUUAAGAUUUUUUUCAGUGAGAUGUACUUAAAUUUCCAUUUAGUUUCACUUCUGGGCUAUGGAGCAACGACACUACUAAACCAACUUUGUUCCACUUGCAUUGUAGGAAAACUGAGAUGCUGUCUGCCUCUUCCUGCCCCUAUUCCCCUCAUCUGUAUGCCCUUAUUCCUCAAAUAUAAUGGACACUACAAAUUUUAUACUUUUAAAAUUUCCUCUGACAGUAUAAGCUUUUUGUGUUUAUCUGAAGCAGUAUACAAGCCUUUGGUAUCUGCAGUUUAAUAGUUUAGCUAUACUUACUUUAAGCUAUCUUAUUCCCAAAUUAUAUCCAGUUCUUCUAUUACAAAAUUUGGUGCUUCCUGACAAAAAAAUAAGAACUACAACAUCAAAAAUAUAUAUGCUCUCAACUGAAAUAGUGAAAACAUUGGUUAUACAUGUUUUCUUUUUAAAAUAAUUUUCCCACUCCUUAGAAAAUGUACUGUCUUUCUUAUACUUAACCCUUUUUUAUGCAUAUCAAUAGUAUUUAUAAAAUGUGCUCUAUAAUUAUGUAAUUGUAGAUACUAUUAUGUAUUGUCCAGUGGUAUCCUAAGGCAGGCCCUAUUGCUGUAUCUUUUCUACCUUUUUCUUUGUAAUAGAAACUCUAGAAUGUAUGACUAAGAAGUCACUUUGAGAUUGACUUUUUUAAAAAGUUAUUACCUUCUGCUGUUGCAAAGUGCAAAACUGUGAGUGGAAAUGUUUUAUUCUGACUUAAUAAUAUGUUAGAAAUUAGAGAAUGCAGUGGGAGGACUUUUAGACAUUGCUGCUGUUGUUACCCACGGUACCUUUAGAAAAAAAAAAUUAAUAAAAACAAGAAACCAUUUGGUAUUUAAAGUGAAAUAUUUAGCCUGUUUGCUUUCACCUGAAGCAAAAAGUAAUUUGGGUCAACAUAUUGGUAUAUUUGUAAAGCGCCUUAAUGUCUCUCUUUGUGGAAGGCAGUAUACCAGUUUACUUUUAUAUUGUAUAUAUAAGUAUUUUGUAUUAAAAUUGAAUCAAUGAUCACACUACAGUUUUAUAAAAUAACGCUUUGUUAGGAAAAGGAAUUACAGCUUUGCAUUAUAACUAAAUUGUUUUGCAUACUUAUGAAUGAAGUAGGUAUCAGUAAUCAGCCUGUGUUUUUAAUGAAUCUAUUUGUAUUUUCCAAAUCAUUUUCUCUAGUGUAACAUUUGCUGGGAUAAUAAAAAAGAAAAAUUCAAAUCUUUCAAUUGUGGGUAGAAAGCUUACUUUUAAGUUACUUAAGUGUGUUGGUAUUUUAAAUUCUAAAAAUGUGUUUCUUUUAAUCCCUUUAUUCUCAGAUAAAAUUUGAUAAAAAAUUUGAUGCUUUUGAAUUACAAUAUAUAUAACUAAUGAUAAUCACUAGUUUAAAAAAAUAUAUAUAUGGCCCGUCUGAUCAAUUCUGACUCAUAGCAACCCUAUAGGACAGAGUAGAACUGCCCCGUAGGGUUUCCAAGGCUGUAAUCUUUAUGG